AUGUCUUCAACCUCUCCCUCUAACCAGCACUCCGGUUCAUCUGCAGCAUCCGGGUCAGACGCCAUGCAGCGCACCUCCGAACUCGCACAGCGUCUCUCAAAGGACGGCGCAGAUCUCGCCCAACGACUCUCCAAAGACGGGUCCAACCUCGCACAAAAGGUCGCCUCGAACAUCAACGACCCCGUGCACAACCCCAUCCGCACGACCCAGCGUACCCUCGAAGCCUCCCGGAACAUCUUCGCCCAGCGGACAGACCCCAGCCGAAGUGGCAGCGGACACUCGAGUAAAGCCCAGCGCAUCGUCUUCAUCAAGGGCGUGUUUGACCUCUUUCUGGCGGCAUCGCUGGUGUGGAUGCCUGGCUUGCUGUAUGACGGACCUAUUUCCGGGUUCGUAUCGGCCGUGACGACGCUCCCGAAACCGAAUUGGGAAAUGGAUACUGGGAACGCGUAUGGGCUUGCUUCGUUGAUCCUGGGGGCGGGCAUGGCAGGCAUCUGCGCGGCUGAAAGCACUAGUGAUGAUGCGUAUAAAGUCAUUGCAACCCUGAACGGCGUGUUCGCAGCAGCUGGCCUUCUGGGCUGUAUCUUCUCUCCCCACAAAUUCGGCUCAUCGUUCCUCCUCCUUGCUGCACUCCAAGACGUCUUUUGGUUCUUCACCAUCGUCAAUGCGGGAGGGUACGGCGUAUUGGAAACUUUAGGCCUUUCUGCCAAAGCCGUUGUCAACGAGGAAGAGAGGCUGGCGAAGCGAGACGAACGGGCUGCGAGGAAGAAGGGCGAGAUUGACGAGAACGAGGGGGCACCGACGGGUAGUGAGAGAGAAGGUGACUUCGAGGGACUGAACAAGGGAUUGGAACAGGAUUUGAGAGAGGAUAAGAGGCGGAUGGACCAGGAUGAGCACGGUGUUGCGUUCGGGACGGGAGACAUUAACAAUUUCAACGACUACAAGAAGACGAAUAUCAAUUGAGUUCGUGGAAUUUUCAGUUUUGCUUUGAUUUACCUGGAUACAUGGUAUUGCGAUGUAGCGGUUGGGACCUGUAGCUGUAACUUGUAAAAUCCUCUAGGACUCCUCGUACCUAUGCUUAUCAUCUUCUGAC